AUGGUUCGUUACGGAGCAUCCAGCCUCGAGAACGCAAAGAGCGCCCGCGCUCGCGGUUCCUACCUCCGUGUCUCCUUCAAGAACACCCGCGAGACCGCCCAGGCCAUCAACGGAUGGAAGCUCGAGCGCGCCCUCACUUACCUCGGUAAUGUCUUGGAGCACAAGGAGGCCAUCCCCAUGAGGCGCUACGCCGGUAGCACUGGACGCACCGCCCAGGGCAAGGCUUUCGGUGUCUCCAAGGCCCGCUGGCCCGUCAAGUCCGCCGAGAUCCUCCUCGGUCUCCUCAAGAACGCUGAGGCCAACGCCGACACCAAGGGUCUCGACACCGCCAACUUGAUUGUCAAGCACAUCCAGGUCAACCAGGCCCCCAAGCAGCGAAGGCGCACUUACCGUGCUCACGGUCGUAUCAACCCCUACAUGUCCAACCCCUCCCACAUCGAGCUCAUCCUCACCGAGGGUGCCGAGGUUGUCCAGAAGUCCACCGAGACCGUCGAGCGCCGAUUGAACUCCAGGCAGCGUGGCCGUGAGGUCCGCAAGGCCAUCACCGCUGCGUAA